AAUGGAUAACAAUGGUCCUUCUACCAGUGAAACAAUGGUCGGCAGGGCUUGUUGUUCAGUGACAAAGCGAAAGGCGAAACCGAGGGCCGCUUCAAAAAGAAGUAGAGCCAAAUGUGCGCCACGCAAACGAUCAAAGCGUAGCUGCAUUCAAAGGAAGAAAAAAGUAUGCAAACCAGGGCCAGUUAUGAAUAAUGCCUAUCUGAACUUUAUACGAGAAUAUCGACUUAAGCACUGCGGAUUAGAACCUAAGGAACUGGUCAGAAAAGCAGCUCGCGCCUGGUGCCGGAUGCCUGACGAAGAGAAGGAAAUGUACCGACCGCAGCAGAAUUAUAGGUGCAGUGAAGAGCUGAAAGAUUUGUGUGUAAUUCUGUAGUGACAUAUAUUUCCAAUUCACUUUUACAAUUAUGAUUUGAAGCACAAUUCAUAUAGAAUAAAUUUUAUUAAGUAAUAAGAAAAAAUG